AUGUUAAACGAGACCUGGCUCUCUUCUAAUAUUUCAAGCUCGGAAAUCUGUAGUGAUCAGUAUAUUUUGUAUAGAAAGGACCGUAGCUUUGGCCUCACAACCGCGACGAGGGGUGGUGGAGUUCUGGUUGCGGUGUGUUCAGAUUCAAAGGUUAGCUAUCUUGAUCUCAGCUGCAUAACCGAAGUCUUUCAUAACAUUGAUAUUGUUGGUUUGAAGGUGACAGAGCGAGGUUCUAGUUUAUAUAUUUUCACCAUUUAUAUACCCCCUAGUUCCAGACUUGAACAAUAUGAAGAACUCUUCGAUGCUGUCUCGAGCUUGCCAUAUUUGCUUCUGGAUGAUGGCAAUCUCAUUAUUCUUGGAGAUUUUAAUAUUUCUGAAUAUGUGGAUUGUCAGUUAUCUUCUUCCCUAGUUGUAGGUAAGGUUGAAGCUUUAAGGGGACUUUUGAACUAUAUGGACUUGCGUCAGUUCAAUGAUAUUGUGAAUAUAAAUGGAAAACUUUUGGAUCUUGUUUGUUGUCGACGUCAGGUCCUCGUUGUGAAGUCUAUUUCUUCUCCUGUUCCUGUAGAUGCUCAUCAUCCUCCUCUAGAGUUUUCUCUGACUUUGACAUCAAGACAGCCUAAAGAUAAAAUAAAGGAUGGUGGUUCCAAGAGAUUCAAUUUCAGAAGAGCUAACCUCUCGUUACUCUAUGACUAUCUGCUGAAUACUAACUGGGAUUUCUUGACUGAAUAUGAUGAUAUUAAUUUGGCUUGUGUAGGAUUCUAUGAAAACCUGAAUUGCAUACUGACAGCAUUUGUUCCGAAAACAGCGGGUAAAAGGUCCUUGUACCCACCUUGGUUCACUAAUGAAAUUAUUUUUAGGUUAAAAUCCAAAGAUAGAUGUCGACGUAGCUAUAAAUCUACAGGUUGCAUUUCAUUCCUGGAGGAGUUCGAGGGGCUUCGCAGAGAUCUGAAGAAUGAUAUAUCGGUUGCUCGAGCCAGUUUCUGUCGUGAGGCUGAGGAUGAUUUGUCUAGGGAUCCAUCAAAAUUUUGGGCUUAUUUAAAUAAAAUUAGAGGAAGUUCAUCUGUUCCCGGAUCGAUGAAAUUUAAUGGUUCCGUUUUAUCGACGCCUCAAGAUGUUGCUGAUGCUUUUGCGACUUUUUUUUAA